AUGCGUCUGACGUCCGCAGUCAAGCGGCCAUGGCUGGCGGUCCCCCUGCUCCUCAGCAUCGCCUCCGUCAUGGCCCUCUCCAAUGCCAGCCUUGCCUGUGAUGACAACGACUCGUUCAAUUGCCCUUCCUUGGCAUCGGUUGACACGCGCUCUGUGAUUCGGGUCCCUUCCCUGGAACGGCCUGGUGGACUUGACUUGCUUGGACCAUUGGCUGCAGCCCCUGAGGAUGACUCACCCAUUUCGCGGACAUCAUCCACACGUACGUCAACACCAACACCAAAACCCAAGUCAAAACCAAAACCGAAGCCGAAGCCAAAAAAGACAAGUACAAAGCCCAAACCCAAGCACAAGACAGUAUCAACGAGUUCCUCCAAGCACAAGUCAACGAGUUCCUCCAAGCACAAGUCCAAAACGACGAGCACCAAACCGCACGCAACCUCUCAUCGUCCCCCUAAUAACACGACUCCUAAUCCUAAUCCCACAAAAACUCAUACUGCCACAACAACGGCACAAGUGAUCGUACCCACAACCACCGCGGCACGGACAGAAUCGUCACCGCCACCAUCGCCUUUGACACCAACCGCCACACCAGAACCCACAGAACAAACAACAACUACAGGAGAACCCACGUCUACUGAUUCAGUUGCAACGUCACCGCCAACACCAACAGGAGGCGAGCCCACUCCUGUUGUAACCCCACAAGAUUCCUCAAUAGGAACAGUAACUCCUACCCCGACACCAACAGAACCAUCAGCACCGGCGGCGACCUCUACUGAGACAGCAGAAGAACCUUUCACAGCUCCACGGCCCAAUCGCCCUCCUCGUGAGACUGUCUCUAAUUCACUCGAUGAGCCGACUCCUUCCCCAAAGAUUGAGCCAACCCCUGCAGCUACUAUCACCCCGGCUAUCAACUCUACAACUACGAUGACGUUUAUUUUUCCAUCGACAACUACAAUACCUGUUCCUAGGACUACAACCACUACGACUUCAAACACGACUACGACAACCGCACAACCCGUAACGAUAAGCCCAACCGCAACCGCAACCUCACAUCACACCCGCCCCACAACGACAACGACGCCAUGGUUGCCGAGCACGAUCGAGCCUCUUGCCCCUCCCAAGGUCACAUCGACUAUUCGUCCUGGAACAUCACUCCCCGACAUUGUGAUCCCCAAUCUCAACCCUGAUAUCCCUGCCAACUCGUUCAAUGUAGUGCUAAGGCUUGAGCAUGUCUCCUACUAUCAGGUCAUUAACAAUGGUAUCCUGGCAGCUCAGUUGGUCUCGUUCCUCCCGGCUCAAUUGGGUCGUGUGCUCAAAGUCGAUACCAGUUUGAUUCAAGUCCUUGCUAUUCGGGAUGGAUCUGACGCGCCCAUGGCUGCCAACGGCGCAACAUUCCCUCCAGUUGCAGUUCAUCCGACGACCACAUCAGCAUCAACAGCAGCAACGACCACGACGGCAACAAAGAGCAAGAGGUCUGUCCGGAAACGUGGAUUGGUAACCAGCCCCAACAGUUCCGACGCGAUCUUGGUCACAGUCUCGAUUCCCAGGAACAAGUACUGGCCCUUGAACAGCCUGGUAGUAGAUCAGUCGAGUGCCCUCUAUGUUAAGGAGGUGCAGUCGUUUGGACAGUUCCUGGACCAUGAGUAUGCGCUCGCCAGCCACCCACCUUCUCUUAGUCGAGGCGGUGGUAGCUCCGACGGAAGUGACGGCCAGGGUGACGGUGAUGAUGGUGACAACACGGCUGAUCCCUUGACGGGCGACAACCCCAGUCAAAUCUCUGGUCCUGACGGCAACACGAACGGCGGAUCAUCCAAGUCGUCGAACGCCCCCAUUAUUGGAUCGGUUGUUGCCCUGGCGACAAUUGCCUAUGUCGGAAUUGCGAUUGUGGUUGUCCGGAGGGUCCAAGCUAAGAAGUUGCGUGAGCAGCAGGAGCGUGAUGCUAUUCGGCAGAACAUUUCAGGACCCAUCAAUGUUCAAGGCGGAGCCAAUGGCUGGGGCUGGCACAGUGAGUAG